AUGCCCAUGCCACUGAGGCAGGGCAAAUGGCGCCGCAAGAAGAAGCGCAAAGUCCUCCCUCACGAGAAGCUCUACUUGGACCACCUCCCCAGUGCGGAUCGCUACUACAAGAGCUUCAUGCACCGGGAUGUCAUCAACUUCAAUAUCAUGACCAAAACUGACUUCCUAUUGACCACCUCCGUCGAUGGUCACCUGAAGUUAUGGAAGAAGCAAGAGCACGGAAUCGAGUUCGUGAAGCACUACCGGGCGCAUCUCGCUCCCAUUGUCGGGGUCACGGCCAGCGUGGACGGGCAGCUCUUCGCGAGUGUGGCUGAAGAUGGCACCGCGAAGGUCUUCGACGUGGUGAACUUCGACAUGAUCAACAUGAUCAAAUUGGGCUACACGCCUCACGCGUGUUGUUGGGUUCACAGACGCGGUCAAGCCCAGGGCCUGCUUGCGGUCUCAGACCGGAACUCUGGCGCAAUACGACUGUACGACGGACGCGGCAAUGACCAGCCUCUCGAGACGGUCGACAAAAUACACCGAUUCCCUGUACACGUCAUGACACCGUCAAUCCGUAUAUUCUCCUUCCUCACCGGCAAACUGACGCGCAAGUAUGACGAGUCGCUUGAAGCCAUCCAGGAGAUGCAGCAGGCGGGAACGGCUAUCUACAAGGUGGAGGAUAUGGAGUUUGGGCGCCGACUCGCCGCCGAGCGCGAGUUGGAGCUCCCGGGCCGGAUGGGCACGUACCGGGGCGUGGUUAACACCGUGACAAACCGCGUCGUGCGGCUUCUGGGGAAGGACGAGACCGUCCGGUGGAUGAAUAUGACGCUGUACCAAGGAGCUCCAGCAAAAAGAGGGCUGACAACUGCGGCAGCGGCCGCGUCAGCUAACCCGCUCUUGGCGGAGAAGGCUGCCAGGGAUCCUACGCUUGUCAGCACAGGCUACAAGCGACAGCGAUUCUACAUGUUCACCCGUUCUGAGCCGGAGGACGACAAGUCGGGAGAUCGUGACAUCUUCAACGAACGACCCACCCGCGAGGAGCAGAGCAUUGCAUCAUCCACAUCUGCCGUCGGGAAAGGCGGACCCUCUCCUGUUGCAAACGCUGCGACCAUUCACACGACGCUCGGCGACAUCCAUAUGAGGCUCUUCCCUCAGCAAGCGCCAAAGGCGGUAGAGAACUUCGUCGGCCACGCCCGGAGUGGAUACUUCGAGCGCGUCAUCUUCCACCGUGUCAUUCCGAAGUUCAUGAUCCAGACGGGAGACCCGUUGGGCGAUGGCACUGGGGGGACGCCGUACACCGUUAGCAUGGCAAACGCAGGACCAAAUACGAACGGCUCCCAGUUUUUCAUCACCACCACGGCUACGCCUUGGCUCGAUAAGAAGCACACCAUCUUCGGCGGGUACUCUCCGGGCUUGAGGUGGUCCAUGCGAUAG